ACAAGUUCUAAGAUCUGAGAGUACAAACACUGCCCUGCCCUUCUACUGCCAUGGACGUCGGAACAUGGUGCCAACCAGGCAGUGGAAACAUCAGUUGGAUCCGAAACCACUCGAUGAGAGGCUACUAUCGAUUUCCGACGUUUAACUCAUCGCCGGGAGCUGUAUCCAAAGCUCCCAUUUGGAGAUUGCUUUGGAGGAAGUUGAAGAGGAAAAAGAAGAGGGUUUUUGAUUGUUCAAGUUCAGCUCGUUUCACAUACGAUCCAUAUUCGUAUGCUCAAAAUUUUGAUCAGGGCUUGACAUGGGCUGAUGAAGCUGAUGCUGAUGAUCUCUCUCGAUCCUUCUCGGCUCGAUUUGCUGUUCCAUCAAGGAUCUUUCAGCAGGAUGGCUUAAUGGUUUGAGGAUGGCAUUAGAAAUUUAAGAAAAUAAUGUACUUUGCGUCAUUUUGAUCUUGUGUUCUUUGGGACCCCAUUUUAGAUGUAAUGUUCAUUUUAAUUUAAUGUUAUCAAACAUGUCUC